AUGGCUAAAGUCAUAACUAAUAGAUUUCCAUUUGCUGCUGCUGUAACUCGACCUGAAAUAGCUAAAACUGUUGAAAAUUAUUUUAAUACAUAUGGUGGAAAUCCUAUUGGAUGUGCUGUUGCAUCAACUGUACUUGAUGUUAUAAAAGAAGAAAAAUUACAAGAAAAUUCUCUUCGAGUUGGAACACAUUUAUUAAACAGUUUAGCAGAAUUACGUGAUCAAUUACCUAAUGUUAUUGGUGAUAUUCCCGGAAAGUUUACUUAUUGGAAUGGAAAUGGUGACAGAUAA